AUGUCCUACAUGGAGGAAGAGGACAGUGGCCCCUCCCCCGAGCAUCGACCAGUUAAUCUGGAGGAAGCCAUGCAGAGGAUGGAAGGCCUCCUCACCAACUUCCUUGUUUCACAACAACAGCCUCCCCCUGCCCCUGCCCCUGCUCCGCCUCCGGCAGCGGGUCCAGGUGUACAAGCCGGCCAACAAGCCAACCCCCGACCCCUUAUCCGCCCUAACCCUCCAUUCACGUUCGACGGGGAUCGCACCCAAGGCAAGACCUUCCUACCCGCGGUCAAGCAAUACUGGCGCCUUCUGCCUGAGGCUUUCCACGAGAACGGGGUUGUAUCAGAGGAACGGGUGGUGCGUUUUGCCCUUUCUUACAUGUCCAAGGAUUCGGCGGCUGCCUGGUCGGAACACAUGUCGGAGCGCUCCCUUUUCCCCUUCCCCACCUGGAACUCCUUUGUCGCCAAAUUCAAGCUCCGGUUCGUUGAGGAAAACGAGCAAGAUCACGCUCUGGCACGACUCGAGACCCACACCUACUACAUGGGCUCCCACGAUGUGUUCAAAUACACGGACGAAUUCGACGACCUUCUCGACCUGGCGGGGUACUCCGACAACUUGGUCAAGGUCACCAAGUACCGGGCGGGUCUAGACCCAAGGAUCAAUCAGGCCAUCACAACCUCAGGCAACCCACCCAGCCUCACAAACUACUCGGAAUGGCGCACUCGUGCAUUCCGCCAGUACAACGCCGAGGUAGCGGCCCGAGCCGCGCAAGGCCAGAUGUUCCCCCCGCCUCGUGCUCCUCCCCCUGCGGCCCCCCGUCCUCGUCUCGUGGCUCCCCCGGUUGCCGCGCUGGUCCUUGCCCCCAGACCAGCCCCAGUUGCUCUUCCACCGGGCAUCCCCAUGGAGAUCGACCGAACCAGGGCCCGCAACGGCGUUUGCCGCACCUGCUUCCGCUGCAGAAGUCCUGGACACUUGGCCCGGGACUGCCCGACCCCAGCCGAUGUCCGACACGUGGACGUCCUGGAUGAAGUGAUCAAUCAGCUAGGAAGCGACCUAUUGGCGGAACUGGUGGCCCGGUUAGCAAUUACGGCGGCGGUGGAAGAACAUGAAGCAGAGGUCGCCCACAAGCUAGAGCAGGGUUUUCUCCCCCGCGACAAGUGA